UUUAUAGCUUAUAUAGUUUGCAUAUAGUUUAUAUAAUAUAUAAACUGGGUGUACAAUGUUGUGCUUUGAGGCACGUGAUGCAAUUAUAAUUUACAAUGCCAGAGAAAAGACAAGGUGGACAAAUUCCUGCUCCCAGUGACAUUAUCGAAGCAUUUUUAAGUCUCAUCCAGCCAGACGGCACGUACAUAUGCAGGCUUGGAAGCAGACAACAGGGCCAAGAAUAGUGCAAAGUUUUGUUAUAUAAGUAAAAUUCACAGCCAUUAAAAUACUUACCACGUAGUCUGAUCUCAUCUCAAAAUGGUUACAUAAAGUGUUGCAGGCAGUGCCCGAAUGUACAUGUGUAUGCCCAGUGUUUUUUUGGAUCUGGAGGAUAACAACCAUUUUUAUUGCCAAAACCACUUUUUCUUCCAUUUCUUACAUCUUGUAUCGUGUCAAACAAUAUGCUUGAUCACAUUUUCGCAAUAUAAAUACAUAGGCUUACUUAUUAGUUGUGCCUACAUGUAUAGUUAUCCAUGUAUGAGUUCAAGUUUUGCCAAGUGGACUACCUCGAUUAAAAAACUGCACUCGCUUCUCACUCUAUGAAAAUGGACUUGCUAUCCCAAAACUGCUAAUGACAUACGAUAUUAGUCACUAAACUACACGCAAAUAUAAAAAAUAAACGAAACAUGACAAAAUCAUUAAGAAAUUUGGCUGAGAAAGUUUCCCACAAGCUCAGAAAGGCGUCUUUACUCCUUGAGACCGACCACACAUUCACAAGUUUAUUAUUAUAUGCAUGAAAAUACCUAUAAAUUUGGUGAGAAAUAGACAAAAACUAUCCUCUACACACAACGCAACGUACGUUCAUACGUACAAAUGCAAGCCGAUUCAGUGCAGGAUGCAUGUGUACAUAUUUACCUGUGUUGCUCCCAAUUUUAGUCCAUUCGUGAUUAGGAAGAAUAAAUUGCCGACAAAAUAUAAUUAUGUACAAGAUCUCCGUGUCUUUGUUACGAGUUCCUCCUCAUGUCUAAACGGUGUGUCCAAUAAGUAAUAAUAGGCACAGCCUCGAGUUUUUCAUGAUAUAUAACGAAAACGAAACUGGUUUUCCUUACCAAAUCCAUGCAUGGAAAUUUUCAUGGAAAAUGAAUGUAGCAAGAUAUCUGUUCUCGCCUGGUCAGGUUGUUGUAAUACAUGUUCUCACCAAGGAAUGAAUACCUACACGGUUGACCAGCGUUGAACUACUCGUGCACCAACAGGCAUCUCUUUACUCAGGCGUUGCAUGUUCAUGGAGAAGAGGUCACCAGAAGAACAUACAGCAACUUUUUUAUAGUAAAGGGUUCGAAAAGGAGUCAAAAAUAUUUUAAUGGACGUUAUACCAGAUGAACAAGCUGCGGGGCACAACGGUCCCACUCGGCUCGUUUCUUACGCCCGGGUGAACGUGGCCUUCGACGAGGAGUCUCCCGUCGUAAAAUAUGCUCGGAGAGAAAGCCUGCUCAGUGAGAAGAGUUCGCAGGCGUCGGAAAAGUUUUGUCCUCCGAGUGAAAAAACUGGCAACUUUCGAGCCAUUCCAGUCUCCGGAGGCGUUGUGCGAGUUCGAGGGGCCUACAAACGGUAUGGACGGAGUGGACCCUUCGUUCUGAAUAAUUUUGCAAUGACGAUGGAAAAGGGAACCAUAUACAGCCUCCUGGGCAGCUCAGGGUGCGGUAAGACCACAGCGCUCACCUGCAUUUUGGGCAUGCGAAAUCUGGAUAAGGGGACGAUUUCUGUUUUUGGCAAGCAUCCUGGUAGCGAUGGAAGCGAGGUGCCGGGAAUUCGCGUGGGCUAUAUGCCGCAGGAGAUCGCUCUCCACCACCAGUUCACCAUUGACGAAACGCUUCGCUACUACGCCGCCUUGUUUGGCAUGAGUAACUCGGAGAUGAGAGAAGCUCGUGAAUAUAUCAUGUCCUUCCUCGACCUCCAUGAUGAGAGUCGACGCGUCCAAGAUCUGUCUUCUGGUCAACAGCGCCGUGUUUCCCUCGCCGUUGCUCUCAUCCAUUCGCCCGAACUCGUCAUUCUUGAUGAGCCCACCGUUGGCGUUGACGCCUUAUUGCGUGAGAAAAUAUGGGAGCAUUUGACCUGGUUGGUGAAGGAGCAGGGAACCAGCGUGAUAAUCACGACGCAUUAUAUUGAGGAAGCCCGGCACUCUAACAUGAUUGGGAUCAUGCGAGGGGGGCGUCUCCUCGCAGAGAACGAUCCCGACACACUGCUCGCCCAUUACAACGCCACUCUCUUGGAAGACGUCGUGCUCCGGUUGUGCCGAAGCGACGAGGAGGUUCCGUCCGGAAAGGAAAAGUCACUCCCGAACGGUAACGGGCACUACAAAGCUCUGGAGAAAAAGCCUGAACCGAUCGCGGAGGAGGACGACAACUCUUCCACGAAGGAAAAACCGUCGUCCCGACGAGGCUCAGAAGCUUGGUCGCGACGCUCCUCCGUCUACAACAACGUUGAAGUGGAACGGAAACAAGGCUAUCUUAGAUCCCUGGUUCGAAUUCGAGGGCUCAUUCUGAAAAAUAUUUUCGUCAUGUGGCGGAACAUCUUCCUUGUCCUCUUCAUGAUCAUGACGCCCAGCUUCAUGGUGCUCCUCAUCUGCAAUGGGAUUGGCAACGAGCCACGCCCCCUCACCUUGGGCGUCGUCAAUCACGAGUCAAACUUCUCCAACUGUCUGGAGUACGCGACUUGGAGGGAGGCGGACUUUGGGAGUGGGAGCGGAAAUGGGAGUGGGGAGGAGGAAGUCGACCUCGAAGAAGGCUGCGACUUGGACUUCCUGAGCUGCAAAUUUCUCGCCAGAAUACCGGAUGAUGUCAUUUUGAAAGAGUACGUUUCUGAAUCCGAAGCGACGAAAGGAGUGAAAGCGGGGGUAAUUUGGGGAUACAUUUCCAUUCCGGAGGGAUACUCUGACCACGUGUAUGCGAGAACGGCGACUGGCAACCGGGUGGACGAGGAGGCGUUGGAUGGCUCAUUUAUCACGUAUCAGUUGGACAUGACGAGUAAAAUGGUGACCGGAUUCAUAAAGAAGACGCUUGGUGACUCUUUCGAAGAGUUCAUAAAAAUUAUGCUCAAGAACUGCGGGAUAAACGAGAAAUUGGGAGACAGGCCGGUCAGGGCGUUGGAACCUAUUUACGGAUCGGACGACACCGACCUUCGAGAAUUUAUUGCGCCAAGUCUUCUCGUUGGCUUCCUUUUCUUCUUCCCCCUCUGCUCCUCGUCCGUCCAGUUCGUGUACGACAGGAAGCAAGGCACACUUUUAAGGGCUCGAGUGGCUGGCGUUAGCACUUCAGAAAUCAUGAUUUCCUACUUUGUCACCGACGGUGUGGUCCUCAUCGUUCAGCUCGCCCUGUCCCUGGCCAUCAUCAUCGUCCUGUUUGGCUUCCAAGUCCGAGGCUCCCUCCCACUUCUCGUCCUUCAGUAUUUUCUGAUGGGUCUGGGCGGCGUGUCGGCCGGAUUUCUUCUCGCAUCCAUUUGCACGGAGGAAGUGGAAGCUGUCCUCCUCGCCAUGGCCUCUUUCUUCCCCAACUUUCUCCUUUCUGGACUGCUAUGGCCGAUUGAGGGUAUGCCUUACUGGAUGCAAUACAUGACAUACGUACUCCCUGCCACAUUUCCGGGCGAAACGGUGCGCUCAAUUCUGAGUCGCGGGUGGGGACUGACACAUAUUCGAGUAUGGCCAGGAUUUGCAGCUUCCAUAAUCUGGCUCUUUGCUUAUUGGGGCGCCACGUUGGCGAUACACAAGAUCGUUCUUAGUAGAAAGUAGUAGCUCUUUAAUUUAAUUAAUGUACCAGUAUACGAUUUCAAUUUAAUUGAGCUUAGACGAACAAGAGGGGUCAAUAAAGUACAGUUUUAUGUUCA